AUGAGGAGGACACUACUGUGGACGGCCUGUCUGGGCCUGGCCUGUAUUGCAGCUGUCACCCAUGCUGCACCGCUACAGGUGAUGUCUGCCCCCAACCUACUGCGUGUGGGAACAGCAGAAAAAAUCUUUGUUGAGUGCCAAGACUGUGCUGGGAGAUCUCCAAUGAAUGUUAGAAUCUCUGUCUGGAACUAUCCAACAAAAAACAGUAAACUUAAAGACACAACUGUUGAACUUCAUACUGGCAACAAAUACCAGGCUAUUGGAGAACUUGUGAUUCCCCCGAACACUUUUGACAAGGGUCCAACAGUGAAACAGUAUGUGUACCUGAUAGCAGAGUUCCCGGGCACCACUUUGGAAAAGGUGGUGUUGGUCUCUUUCCAGUCUGGAUAUAUGUUCAUCCAAACAGACAAGACUCUUUACACCCCAGAUAGUGCAGUUUAUUUCAGAAUUUUUGCCCUGACGCCCGGUAUGAAACCGAUCGGAAGAGAUGAGACCACAGGGACCUCAGCCUCUAUAGCAGUGGAGAUAGUGACGCCUGAGAGUGUGGUCAUCCCACUGGAUCCUGUCUCACUCAAAGCCGGGAUGUACUCUGGAAUAUAUCAACUUGGUGAAAUCGUCAGUAUUGGCCAAUGGAAAGUUGUCACCCGCUUUCAAAGCAAUCCACAACAGACUUACUCAGCAGAGUUUGAGGUUAAAAGAUACGUGCUGCCCAGUUAUGAAGUGAAGGUGACAUCGAAAAUGUCUUUCUACUAUUAUGACACAGAGUCGUUCCCUGUCAAAAUCAAAGCAACAUACUUGUUUGGAAAAGAAGUCACAGGUAUGGCCUAUGUUGUGUUUGGAGUCAUGAAAAAUGGAGACCGAAAAGUCUUUCCUUCCUCAUUGCAAAGAAUACCGAUUAUAAAUGGUAAUGGUGAUGCCACACUGGUGAAGCAACACAUUCUGAAUACUUUCCCAAACACUGGGGAUCUGGUUGGAGGAUCUUUAUUUGCGACAGCCAUGGUGCACACAGAGAGCGGAAGUGAAAUGGUUGAGGGGGAAUUAAGAAAUUUGCUAAUUGUUAAAUCACCUUACUUCAUCAACUUUGAUAAAACACCUAAAUAUUUCAAACCUGGAAUGACAUAUGACGUCACGAUCACUGUCACAAACCCUGACGGCAGCCCAGCAGGGGGGGUCACGGUCGUCCUACAGCCACGUGGUAACACAGAGCCGGAUGAAAACCGCCAGGGUCCGACUCAGGACAAUGGCAGGGUCAGCCUCACCGUCAACACCAGGGCCUCUGACUCAAGCCUGACUCUCAUUGCAAUGACCAGUGAUUCUAGAUUCCCCGGUGAAAGGCAGACAACAGCAUCCAUGGUGGCUAAAGCACAUGAGACAGAAAGCAGAAAUUACAUUCACAUAAGUGUGUUGUCAGUAGACUUGAAGUUAGGGUCGAGCUUCAAGUUCUCUCUAAAUCUGAACAACCCAGACAAUCAAUAUGAAAUCACAUAUCUGAUCGUGAGUCGAGGCCAACUGGUCCAUUCUGGGAGACAGUUUUCUAACGGUCAAACAACUGUGGUGGUCCACAUCGAAGUGACAAAAAUGAUGCUGCCAUCAUUUCGACUCAUCGUUUACUACCACCCCACUCCGACUGAGGUGGUGUCCGACUCUGUUUGGGUGGAUGUUGAUGACUCGUGUAUGGGCACGCUGAAGCUAGAACCAAAGUCAAAUGCCCUAUCGUACGAGCCGCGGAAAACGUUUCGUCUGAAGGUCACUGGAGACCCUGGAGCCACUGUGGGAUUGGUGGCUGUGGACAAAGGUGUUUAUGUCCUGAACAAUAAGCACAUCCUGACCCAGAAAAAGGUGUGGGACAUUGUUGAGGAGGCCGACACCGGCUGCACUCCAGGUGGAGGGAAAAACAGCAUGGGAGUGUUUUUUGAUGCAGGGCUCAUGUUUCAAACUGAUACAGCGACUGGGACUUCUGAAAGACAAGAUGUGAAAUGCUCUGCUCCUGCUCGAAAAAAGCGUGCCGGCACUUUGUUUGAUGCAAUAACCACUCUUGCAAGUCAAUUUAAGGACCCCCUGGAGCGCGAGUGUUGUUCGGAUGGAAUGAAGACCACACCUCUGUCAUACUCGUGUGCCACGCGUACGCUGUACAUCACUGAUGGUGAUUCCUGUAAGAACGCCUUCAAAAAAUGCUGCGAAGAGCUGGCCAAGCAGAGGGGCGAACUCAAGCAGAACAACCUCCUUCUGGCCCGCAGUGAGACGGACUCCAGUUACAUGGACAGCAGUGAAAUUACUACUCGAACUAAAUUCCCAGAAAGCUGGCAGUGGGUGACUUUCCAACUUCCAGCUCAGUGUAGUGGAAAUCCAACUUGUGAAUCAGAACUGCAGAUUCCCCUGAAAGAUUCCAUCACAACUUGGGUGUUUACCGGCAUUAGUAUAUCAGAAAACACUGGUAUCUGUGUUGGAAAACCUUUGGAUGUGGUUGCAUUCAAACAGUUUUUCAUAGAUCUCAAGCUCCCAUAUUCUGCAGUGGUUGGAGAACAGAUAGAAGUCAGGGCAAUCAUACACAACUACAUUGAUGAUGAAAUUACAGUGAAAAUUGAGCUUGCAGAAAAUCCAAAUAUUUGCAGUGCAGCAUCAAAACGUGGCACUCAUUCUCAAACGGUUACCGUGGGACCUGUUACCACUCGAGCUGUACCGUUUGUUGUUAUUCCUAUGAAUGAAGGCGAAUUACCCAUUCAAGUCAAAGGUUAUGUGAAAGACUCGUGGCACGGCGAUGGGAUUAUGAAAAAACUACGAGUUGUGCCAAAAGGUGUUCUCACCAUAAUAAAUAAGGUUGUCUCCAUAAACCCAGAAGGUAGAACACAAGAAGAGGUAAUCAACAGUGCGAUUAUAAAAUCCGAAAUGGUUCCAAAUACUCCCUCAAGCACCAAAGUGUUUGUGUCAGGCAGAGAGCAGGUGACUCCGCUUGUGGAGAGUGUGAUUGGCGGGACCUCGAUGGGCAGCAUGAUCGUCAAGCCCAUGGGCUGUGGAGAGCAGAACAUGAUCUUCAUGACCAAGCCUGUCAUUGCCACUACUUAUUUGGACAAUACCAAUCAAUGGGAAGCAGUGGGUCUGGGGAAGCGCAGUGAGGCAAUCGAGAAUAUUAAACUUGGCUUUCAAAAUGAAAUGAAGUAUGCCAAAGCUGAUGGAUCAUUUGCUGUAUGGACUCAUGAAAAGAGUAGCACUUGGCUAACUGCCUAUGUCGUCAAAGUAUUUUCCAUGGCCAACAAGUUGGUUACAAUAGAAAACAAUGCAAUCUGUAACGCCGUGAAGUUUUUGAUCCUUCGAUCUCGGCAGCCUAAUGGCGUGUUCGUAGAGAUUGGGCCAAUCUACCACAGGGAGAUGACCGGUGAUGUUCUGGGAAGAGAAUCGGAUGCCACCCUGACAGCCUUCACUCUCAUUGCGAUGCAGGAGUCCAGUCAAAUAUGUGAAGCCACAGUGACUAGUUUAGCUAGUACUAUGGCCAAGUCUGUGGAAUACCUGGAGAACCGACUUCCUUCUCUUACCAACCCAUAUGCAGUUGCUAUUACAUCAUAUGCUCUGGCCAAUGCACAGAAAUUCAGAAAAGAUAUUCUGUUCAAUUUCUCUCCAGAGAUGGACCACUGGGUUUCACCUCAGGGACACGUGUUCUCUCUGGAAGCAACAGCCUAUGCUCUUUUAGCUCUAGUGAAGGGUGGAUUCCUGGAGGAGGCUCGACCCAUUGUGAGAUGGUUCACAAAGCAGCAGAAGCAGGGAGGUGGAUAUGGAUCAACACAGGCUACAAUAAUGGUUUACCAGGCAGUGUCUGAGUACUGGAGUAUGGCCAAAGUGCCAGACUAUAGUCUGGAUGUGGAGUUGACGGUCCCAGGGCGUUCUGCUCCGUACAGUUUCAGGUUCAACAGAGGAAACCAGCACACCACCAGGACCUCCAAGAACUUUGAUAUAAAUGAAAAUGUGCAACUGAAAGCCACAGGAACAGGCGAAGCAACUCUAACUCUGCUCACACAAUAUUAUGCUGUACCUAAAGAUACUGUGAGCGAUUGCAGAAGCUUUAAUCUCUCACUGGACUUCAGUCUCGAUAAGGUUGACGAGACUGAGGGAGAUAUUUACAAGCUGAUAAUUAAUUUUUUCUUCAAGAACAAGGAAGAAGAUGCGUCCAUGUCGAUCUUGGAUAUUUCUUUGCUAACUGGUUUCAUGCCUAUAUCUGAAGACUUGGAUGCAAUGAGUUCCGGUCGCGCGCCUGCCUUUUCCAACUGGGAGUUUAACAAGGCUUUGUCAGAGAAAGGUUCUCUCAUUCUCUAUAUGAACAAGGUCGCUCAUGAUCGAGUAGAGGAGUUGCCUAUUAGAAUGAGACAGACUCACAAAGUGGGUGUUUUGCAGCCAGCCUCUGUGUCUAUAUAUGAAUACUAUGCCACCGCCAAUGAAAUGUCAGAACCCUCAAACAAAUCUGGAACAAAGUGUGUAAUGUAUUAUCAUCCUCAAAGAAAAGACGGUCGUAUUUUGAGGCGUUGCAAAGACGAUCAAUGUCUGUGUGCUGAAGAAAACUGCAGCAUGCAAAAGAAGGGAAAAAUCAGCAAUGCAGAGCGCAUAGCCAAGGCAUGUGAAUCAAAACUGACCAGCAAGAUAGAUUUUGUGUAUCAUGCAGUUCUGCAAGAAGCUGUGUAUGACCUGUCUUUUGACACUUACAUCAUGCGAGUUGAGUCCAUCAUCAAGGAGGGAACAUACGAUAAAAAUGCUGCCGGCCAACUGCGCAAAUUCAUUUCCUUCUCACACUGCAGAGAGAGUUUAAAUCUACAGGUACAGAAAGGAUACCUUAUAAUGGGAGCAGCCGAGGACACUCUGCAAGACCAUGGCACUCAGACAUUUGAAUAUUUGCUUGGUGAAAGGACAUGGAUAGAGUACUGGCCCAGUAGAGCAGAGUGCCAAAUGGAUGAAUACAGACCGACCUGUUUAGGCAUGGAAGCCCUGGUUGACAAGUUCCACAUCUCAGCGCUGCGAGAAGUCUCCAUGGCCAAAGUACAGGUGCUGAACGUGGGGGUACUGGACAACCCGAGCCCCUUUGGGAACCCCUUUCAGUUCGAAAUCACCUUUGAGUGCAUGGAAGAUCUGCCUGAAGAUCUGGAGUGGAAAAUCAUCUAUGUGGGAUCAGCCGAGAGCGAGGAGUAUGACCAGGUGCUGGACUCGGUGCUGGUCGGUCCUGUGCCGGCCGGCCGACACAUGUUUGUGUUUCAGGCUGACGCCCCCAACACUGGCCUCAUCCCAGAGACCGAUGCAGUCGGAGUGACUGUUGCUCUUAUCACAUGCACAUACCAUGGCCAAGAGUUCAUCCGGAUCGGCUACUAUGUGAAUAAUGAAUAUACAGAUGUUGAAUUAAGAGAAAAUCCACCUUUAAAACCAGAUUAUUCCCAGCUCCAGAGAAAUAUUUUGGCCUCCAAUCCUCGUGUGACUCGCUUCCACAUCAACUGGGAUGGUUCAGCAGACAAGAUGGAGAACAGUGAAAAUGUGGACCCUUCUCCAAAUAUAAACUGCAUGCUCCCUCCAUCAUGUGCCCCUGGAAAGGUGCAUCCACUGGGACUGAUUCCGGACAAUUCUAUGGACUGCAUGUAA